AUGCAGUGGCACGAGGAGCGUGACAAGGAGGACUCACAGUUCAUUGGAUUGAUGAAGAAAAUGGGCGAUGACGAAUGGGACCACGAUGAGACGGGUGCCACAGACACUGCAGACACGGUUGUGGACCACAGUUAUGUGAAGAAGAAGCUGGAACAUGGCCUCACUCGAAUCUGGCAGGAAGUCCAGCUGGAAGUGAAAGCGUAUCUGCUUGGGACAGACAUGUCCAACUUCAAAUACGAUGACUUCAUUGUGGUCCUGGAUGUUAUCAGCAGGCUGAUGCAAGUGGGGGAAGAGUUCUGUGUCAGUAAGUUGCUAAACGUCAAAGUGUCAACUACUUCAAGAACUAUCACAGGCUAUUCCAUGCGAGAAAUUGCCAAGAAACUGAAGAUCUGGUACAACGCUGUGUACUACUCCCAGAACAUAACAGAGCAAACUGUCUCUAACCAGAAAAGAAAGAGGAGUGGGAAGCUCUGGACACGCCUGGAGGAGUUGCGGUUGUUUCUGGAGGGCGAGACGUGGGAUUGGUGUCCUGUCAAAUCUAACUUCAACAUCACUCAGCUCCACGAGUUUAAGUUCAUGGGUCAGUGCCGGUCCCCCUCAGUGUCUCCCAGUAGACAGGUGUUGUCCAGCCAGGACCAGGAAGUCCUGUCUAAUUUUGAGCUCUUCAGCCAGGAGGGGAACCCCUUUGAGAGGCACAUCGACAACAAGGAUGAGGAGACUGAGGACAUGCUGGCCUCCAAUGGGUGUGAGUCAGAUAAACUGGAGAAGAGUGUCUACCAGGACUAUGACAGUGACAGUGACGUCCCCGAUGAACUCAAGCAGGACGAGCAGACCGGAGACAUCCCUCUCAAGAGCCUGUCAAGGGAGACGCUGCGAAGCAGGAAGAAGUCAGACUACAGCCUUAACAAGGGCUCCAAUGCUCCCAUCCUGACCAACACAACCCUCAACGUGAUUCGCCUGGUUGGUUAAAUGCAUGCGGAUGAUGAACAUUCUGAAGCCUAUAGCCUUGGAUGUCAUCCGCUGUGUUUCCCAGCUGUUUGAUCACUACCUAUAUGCUGUCUACACCUUCUUCCGCCGCAACGAUAUGCUACGGAAAAAUACAAAGCUAUUUCAAUGGAGAUUAUUCAUUGACCAUGCAUUUUAGUCCAGGACUAGGCUUAAUCUGUGUCCGGGAAACUGGCCCUGAGGGUCUUUUACACAACCACACAUGACAGACCUGUUUUUGUAUGUGACAGACUUGCAUUAUGUUCAUUAGUGUCCCCAAUGUGAAUGUGUUCUAUGUUUCUCAAAUGUUAUCUUAUAUAUUAUUUACCACUCAAUUAUCUGUAUGUGGUUACUGCUUCUGUGUUCCACCUCUUGUACACACAUCACUCAUUGGAAAUUGUCAGUGGGGCUGUAGCUGAAAUCACCUAAGAUUGCUUUUCUCUUCUGUUGAGCCAAUGUAUUAGUGCUUAUGGUGUUCAAAUAGAGUUGGAAUGAAUGAGAGUGUCUUCAGAACAAGUCACCCUCCUUGAAAACAUUACAUUGUUACUGAUAUUACAGAUAUUUUCAGACUGUUCAGUAAGAUAAGGGACACUGAAGUGUUAACUGGUCUAUUUAUUAAGGAGAUGAUUGUGGACUUCAGGAAACAGCAGAGGGAGCAGCCCCCUAUCCACAUCGACAGGACAGUAGUAUCCACAUCAACGGGACAGUAGUGGAGAAGGUGGAAAGUUUUAUGUUCCUCGGGAUACACAUCACGGACAAACUGAAAUGGUCCACCCACACAGACAGCGUGGUGAAGGCGCAACGGCGCCUCUUCAACCUCAGGAGGCUGAAGAAAUUCGGCUUGUCACCAAAAACACUGACAAACUUUUACAGAUGCACAAUCGAGAGCAUCCUGUCGGACUGUAUGACCUGGUAUGGUAUGGUAUGGCAACUGCUCAGCCCACAACCGUAAGGCUCUCCAGAGGGUAGUGAGGUCUGCACAACGCAUCACCGGAGGCAAACUACCUGCCCUCCAGGACACCUACAGCACCCGAUGUCACAGGAAGGCCAUAAAGAUCAUCAAGGACAAGAACCACCCGAGCCACUGCCUGUUCACCCCGCUAUCAUCCAGAAGGCGAGGUCAGUACAGGUGCAUCAAAGCAGGGACCGAGAGACUGAAAAACAGCUUCUAUCUCAAGGCCAUCAGACUGUUAAAUAGCCAUCACUAACAUUGAGUGGCUGCUGCCAACAUACUGACUCAAAUCUCCAGCCACUUUAAUAAUUAAACAUUGGAUGUAAUAAAUGUAUCACUAGUCACUUUAAACAAUGCCACUUUAUAUGAUGUUUACAUACUCUACAUUACUCAUCUCAUAUGUAUAUACUGUAUUCUAUACCAUCUACUGCAUCUUGCCAAUGCUGUUCGGCCAUCGCUCAUCCAUAUAUUUAUAUGUACAUAUUCUUAUUAAUUCCUUUACACUUGUGUGUGUAUAAGGUAGUUGUUGUGAAAUUGUUAGAUUACUUGUUAGAUAUUAGUGCACGGUCGGAACUAGAAGCACAAGCAUUUCUCUACACUCGCAUUAACAUCUGCUAACCAUGUGUAUGUGACCAAUAAAAUUUGAUUUGAUUUAA